AUGCUACCAAGAAAGAAAAACAUGAGGGCGAUUGUGUUUGCCGUAAUUCUACUUGUACAAUAUUCCGAGCAGCACGGUUCGGGAGCACCACCUGGGGCAUGUGUUGAUCAAAUGCCGCGCCAUUCAGGCAUACAAGCACAAACCUCGGUGCCGCCCUACGCCAUUACUACUUCGGCCUCGCAAGUGCGGCAAGGUGAUAUCCUGAACGUCACCAUCGGAAGCCCAUUCGGAGCGCCUGUACCUAUUGGUGGAUUCAUUUUACAAGCUAGACAAGUUCAGAACCCGGAUACAAUAGAGGGCAUAUUCGUGAAAGUCCCCAACACAGGAAUUGCGCAGAUAACCAACUGUCGUGGAAACAAUGACACUGUGACCCACACCUCACCGGAGGAGAAGCAGCCACUUACGUUCCAAUGGAAAGCGCCUAAUGAUUUAUUGGGAGGAAUAUCCUUCAGGGCAACAGUAGCACAAGGCUACGCGACGUUCUGGAAGAACAUCGAAUCGCCGAUUGUGGAAGUGGUAACUCCAAAUACUGUAAUCACCACCACUGAGCGAAUGUCCACAACGCCUAGAACUUCACAAUCACCGCCAACCAUAAUGGAAAGCAAGCCAAAACCAACAACAUCGAAACCAGACGUAAUAUAUCAAGGAUGUGCGGACACAAAACUAUGCUUUGGAGUUCCCCAAAACUGCAUAUCAAAAGGCGAUUGUAAAGCAAUUGUUGCCGUUUUUGUGGCCGGAGAUACAUAUACGUUUGAAAUCCAAGGCACAGAUAAUCCAAAAUACGUCGCAGCUGGUUUAAGUAAAGAUAACAAAAUGGGCGAAGACAGUUCUAUGGAAUGUGUUAGAAAUGAUAAUGGAAGGAUUUCACUGUUCACUUCCUGGACUUAUCCUAAAGCAGAGCCAUACGUAAAAAGGUCUGAUUCGCCUCAAGAGAUUGUGCAAUUACUUGAAUCGUCGAUUAUAGACGGAAAACUUUAUUGCAAGUUCAGAAGGGACGUCGUGUCGGUUGUAAUGGGACAGACUUUCGAUUUGGCGAACAAUAAAUACAAUUUGAUGGUCGUUUCUGGUGAUAGUAUGAAGGAUGCUGACCGCGUAGGUUUCCACUCACUGGCCUACGAAUCAACUGGAGAACCUUUAGCUUUAGCCACGGUCGGAUCAGCCGCUGGUGCUUCAAAGUUACUUCUCAAACUUCACGGUAGCUUCAUGUUAAUCGCUUGGCUCGGUAGUUCUUCGAUUGGAAUACUUUUAGCAAGGUACUUCAGACAGACCUGGGUAGGAAGACAAUUGGCUGGCAAAGACAUUUGGUUCGCCUACCACAGAAUUCUUAUGGUCAUCACUUGGCUGCUCACCAUCAUCGGAUUCAUCAUAAUCUUGAUAGAAGUAGGUGGCUGGUCCACCACAGGGGACAACCCUCACGCGAUAACUGGAAUCGUCACAGUCAUACUUUGCUUUAUACAGCCAAUAGGUGCCUACUUCAGACCCCAUCCGGGCACCAAGAAGCGUCCAAUAUUCAACUGGCUGCAUUGGUUCUUUGGCAACGCUGCGCACAUUCUCGGAAUUGUCACCAUAUUCCUUGCGAUAUACCUACAGAAAGCAGAAUUACCUAUAUGGAGUGUGUACGUCAUGGCGGCGUUUGUCGCAUUUCACGUUAUAGUUCAUAUUAUACUGUCGUUGACGUUGUGCGUGUCUGAAGGCCGAAUAAGCAAUGGUCGAGUCAACUCAUUCCCCAUGAAGGAUAUGAUGGGGCAACCGAGGCAGAUGUCUCAUGUCGAUCGCAGCACUGACGCUCCUUUCUCCACUUUCAGAAGACACAUGCUGAGUAUCUACGUGCCGAUUAUAUUGAUAUUCGUUAUUGCAAUGAUUUGCCUUGUCGCGUUAGCUCCUAUAGCAGAAACUUACAACAGUAUUGCAGGUGUUUGA